UUUGUUACAACUAUUCUGGUUUCACACUUACCAUUCUAUAUUAAUGAAACAAUUCUCAUUUUCUUCAACACUCAACCAAUUCUUGAUUACUAUUUACUGCUGUUUGUCAUCUCUCAUUUCAGCCUUUCUUCUUUCUUCUUCCUCCCCAUUCCAACCAACUUAAAAGGUCCUCAGUUAAGGUAUGUCUCUCGUUUUUAACCAUUUCUUGCUUCUAUGUCUGUCGUCUUUAUCUGCUGUUUUUGCUCUCAACUCUGAUGGGUCUACUCUAUUGUCACUCUUAAGGCACUGGACUCAUGUGCCUUCUUCCAUACAUUCAACUUGGGAUUCUUCACACUCUACUCCUUGUUCAUGGUCAGGCAUACAAUGUCACCCUACUUCUUUCACUAUACUCACUGUGAACCUUUCUGGUUAUGGAAUUUAUGGCCAACUGGGUCCAGAAAUAGGAAAUUUAUCUACUUUGCAAACCUUGGACUUGAGUAAUAACAAUUUCUCUGGUCAAACACCCUUUCAGUUAGCUAGUUGUAGUUUACUUGAGUACUUGGAUUUGUCCACCAAUGGCUUUACUGGACAAGUACCUAAUAAUUUUAACUACCUGCAACAUUUACGUUUCUUGGGUUUCUACUCUAAUUCACUGUCUGGCAAGGUACCUGAAUCAUUGUUUCUUAUUUCGAGUUUGGAAUCCGUGUAUUUGAAUAAUAACAGUUUCACUGGUUCAAUCCCUACUAGUGUGGGUAACUUGACUCAUGUUCAAGAACUAUGGCUAAAUGGCAAUAAGUUAUCUGGUACUGUUCCAGAGACAAUUGGGAAUUGUAGUAAAUUGCAAAGGCUGUAUUUGGGUGAGAACCAGUUGGUUGGUUCUUUGCCAAAGACUCUCACUAAUCUAAAAAGCCUUGUUUUUUUAUUUCUAGCUCAUAAUAGUUUUCAAGGUAGCAUUCCUUUAGGUUUUGGCAAUUGCAAGAAUUUGAGUAAUUUGAGUGUUUUAGACCUUUCAUACAAUUGCUUCAGUGGGGGCCUCCCAUCAGAUUUGGGAAAUUCAACUAGCUUAACAAUCUUAGCUAUUGUUCAUAGCAACUUAACAGGCAGCAUUCCCUCUUCCCUUGGCCUGCUAAACAAGCUCGUUGCUCUAGACCUUUCUGAAAACCGAUUGUCUGGGAAAAUUCCCCAUGAACUUGCAAAUUGCAAGUCCUUGACACGCUUAAAUUUAUAUAAAAACCAGCUUGAGGGAGCGAUUCCUGCUGAAUUGGGAAAGCUGACUCAGUUGAAGGACCUUGAAUUGUUUACUAAUAAUUUGAGUGGGGAGGUUCCAAUAAGCAUUUGGAGACUACAAAGUCUUGAGUAUUUCCUCGUGUACAAUAACAGCCUUUCUGGUGAACUACCUGUCGAGAUGACUAAGCUGAAGCUUCUAAAGAACAUUUCUUUAUAUGAUAAUAACUUUUUUGGAGUCAUACCCCAAAGUUUGGGAAUCAACAGCAGCUUAUUGCAGCUGGAUUUCACUAAUAAUAAGUUCACCGGUGAAAUUCCACCAAAUCUUUGCUUUGGAAAGCAACUACGGGUUCUAAAUUUGGGUCAUAAUCAACUUCAAGGCAGCAUUCCUUCUGAUGUUGGAAGCUGUUCGUCACUCUGGAGAUUGAUCCUUAAAAAUAAUAACAUUUCCGGGACCCUUCCUGAAUUUGCAGAAAAUCCAAGCCUUUCUCACAUAGACAUCAGUAACAAUAUCAUAUCAGGCUCAAUUUCUCCAAGCCUGGGCAACUGUUCUGGUCUUACUUCUAUUGACUUCUCCAGGAACAAGUUGACAGGGCUUGUACCACCUGAGCUUGGCAAUCUUGUAAAGCUUGAGGAGGUAAAUCUUUCAUAUAACCAACUUUUUGGUUCUUUACCAUCUCAGUUAUCACAUUGUCACAAAUUAUACAAGUUUGAUGUGGGCACAUGGUCCACAAAAUAAACACAGUUUGAUGUGGCAUUCAAAUUCAUUGAAUGGUCCAAGUUCCCUCGAGUCUGAGGAAAUUGGACUAAAUUAUCCACUUUGAUUCUGAGGAGAAUCAAGUUUACCGGAGGCUUGCCGCAUGUGUUCUGUCCAAAGAACUGGAAAAGGGCUACAGAACUACAAAUUGGUGGAAAAUUUUAUUGGGAGGUGAAAUUGCCUUCUUCGAUUGGGAUUAUUGAAAGUUUACAAUAUGCAUUGAAUCUUCAGUAAAGUAAUGGAUUGAACUGUGCAAUACCUUCAGGAAGCUGGGAGAACUUUAAAUUCAAGCUAGAACAACUCGAAUAAUCUAAACAAACAAUCUUGCCAGGAGACAUGAAAUGUUCUUGGUGACAAUCCAUAACAUUGGUCCUAUAAAUGUCUCAUAACAAUCUCUUCACAGGUCCAAUACCAGAUACCUUGAGGCUUCUUCUCAUCCUUAACUCAUCUCCCUCAUCAUUUGUGGGCAAUACUGGCCUAUGUGUCAAUUGUGCUCCGUCAGGUAGCUUCACAUGUGCUGGGAAUGGAAAUUUGAGAUCAUGUGCAAGUCGAUUAAGCAAUAAAAAAGGCCUUACUAAAGUUGAAAUUGCAAUGAUAGGCUGUGGUGUGGCUUCUACCUUUGUUCUUCUUGGACUGGCAUGUACAUUGGUCCCGCAUAGAAGGCAUAAGCAGGACGCGGAGAUUGCUGCAGAAGAGGGGCCAGCUUCUCUAUUCAGCAAAGUGAUGGAAGCAACUGAGAAUCUAAAUGAUAGAUACAUUAUUGGAAGGGGAGCCCAUGGAACUGUUUAUAAAGCUUCAUUAGGCAAGGACAAAGUUUUUGCUGCAAAGAAAAUUGCUUUUUGUAAUAACGGAGGAACCAAAAGUAUGGCACCGGAAUCUGACAAAAGUAUGGUUAGAGAAAUUCAAACCAUAGGGAAAAUCAGGCACCGGAAUCUGAUCAGGUUGGAGGAGUUUUGGUUAAGAAAAGAUUAUGGGUUGAUUCUCUAUAGACAAAUGGAAAAUGGGAGCCUUCAUGAUAUUUUGCAUGGAAAAAAUGCUCCAUCAACUCUGGAGUGGAAUGUGCGCUUCAGAAUAGCCAUUGGAACUGCCCAUGCAUUGGCAUAUCUACAUUAUGAUUGCGAUCCUCCAGUGUUGCAUCGAGAUGUCAAGCCAGAAAACAUUCUCUUAGACUCUGAUAUGGAGCCUCAUAUCUCAGAUUUUGGUAUUGCUAAGCUUCUGGAUCAAUCUCCUGCAUCGGCACCCUCCAGCUUGGUUAUAGGUACACCAGGAUACAUUGCACCAGAACAUGCAUUUAUAGAGACGAAGAGUAAGGAAUCAGAAGUUUAUAGCUAUGGAAUUGUUUUGCUUGAACUAAUAACAAGAAAGAAGGCAUUGGAUCCAUCAUUCGGGGAGCAAACAGAUAUUGUGGAAUGGAGUAGGUGUGUAUGGAGAGAUACAGAAGAUAUCAGAAGGAUUGCAGAUUCAGGCCUUGCGGAGGAAUUCUAUGAUUCAGAUAUAGUGGAGCAAGUAACUGAUGUGUAUUUGUUGGCCUUGAGAUGUACUGAAAUUGAACCAAGAAGAAGACCUUCAAUGAGAGAUGUUGUCAAGCAAUUACAAGGAGCAAAAGCCCAAAAUGGGUCAUUGCACAUUUGUUCUAUUCAAGAUGCAGAGAUGUGUAUUUGAGCACAAGGAAUUAGUUAGCAGAUCAGUCAUAAUUGCUUGUAUUUCCUUUCUGUUUUAAUAAUAUCAUACUAAUACUAGGCUUUCAAUUCUACAA